AUGUCAUCCCUGAAGUUUGUCCACACCAAUCCCGUCGGAUACAAGUCUCGAUCGAGGAAACGCGUCCAGGCGUGCGAGAAUUGUCGCCGGCAGAAGAGACGCUGCGUUCAUACAAUCAGCUCCACCGGGGGCCCAGCAAGGCAAGGGGUGAGCCCAUCGGCGGAAUCAAAUGGCUUGUCAUCAUCCCCUUCUGAUGCUGCCAGAACAGGAAUUGUGCCCCUGAGUGCCGCGCCUCGGACAGCGGCAGGUUUCCCUCGAGCCGCAGAGGAGCCCAGUAUUCAGGUUGUCAGUGCCUUACCUAACGAGCAGCCAAGGCAGACGGGAAGAGCCUCAACAGCGUACCAGAGUGAGCCAACACCGAGGGUAACCAGUGCAUCUCGACACCCAGCCAAUGUCUCUUCCUCUCCGGGUAAUCUUCGAUUCAUCGGCGAUCUCAACCCAGAGGUUGUAUUGCUCUCGGGCACCCGAGCAGAGAGCGGGCUAUCGCCAAAUGCGGUCGGCGUGUGGCAGCCCGAGCCCUCGGCACUGAUCAGCAGACAAGAAAGCGACUGCGCGACCAGCUCGCCGGCGAGCAUAUUCCAUUAUGUGCCCCGACUCAUCCGGGGGCUGCUCCUCCCUUUGAUACGGGAGCAAUGCCUCGAAGUAUUGCCGCCACCGACAGACCUUGCCGCGCUCGAGGUGUUUUAUUUCAACAACAUACACGGUCUGCUGCCGAGCAUUGAUGAGCAGACCUUUACGUCCUCUUUAUCACAUGCCCCGUCCCGCGUGUUACAGUACCAGACCAUUUGCCUCCUGGCAUCCACAGAGCCAUCGCUUGCCCAUCAUUUGCGGCUGCCCACGCGGGAAGGUCAGCUCACGUCUGCGGAAUUCGGCCAGGAGCUACUUAGUGCCAUGAGAUUGAAUGUUGACAUGGCAAUGGUGCACGACAAGAUGAUACUGAUACGAGCCUUGACGACCAUGUCACUGUUCGGAUUCGGUCGACAGAGCAUCGAGGCAUCCUCGCAGUACUUCGUCCGUGCAGUACAGAUAUCAUGGAACAUUGGCCUCCACUUACAGAGAGGACGAGAUGGGGCACAGUCCAGCCAGUCCAGCUUAUUCUGCUACCUCUGGGCAAUCGAUAAAUUCCUAGCUGCUGUCCAUGGACGGCCUACGAUGAUGCAUGAACGUGAUUUAGAGCUGAGCCCAUUACGGUGCCUGGACGGACAACCCCCAGGGUUCAAGGUCCUCGUUCACAUUGCUCACGUACUCCAAGACGUCAUAUCGCUGUAUCGGCCGAAUGCCACGGUCACGCAGAUUCCAAGAGAAGCCAUCCCGUCCUACGAGACUAUACUUGAGCGCACCGAUGCACUCGAGCUCCCAGCUCAUCAUUUAGGCUGGUCUCUGCUCUCUACGCCUCCAAUAGUUUCGGGUUGGAGUUUGCUAACAUGGCAUCAGCUACUCUAG